UUUCCAUCCACACAGAUGCUGCUGUCUUGGAUCCUCGGCUUCUUCCUGCUGGCCACCGCCAGAGGGAUGGAGAUCUGCUUUGGUCAUCUCGGCUGCUUUUCUGAUGAAAAGCCAUGGGCAGGGACCCUUCAGCGGCCUAUAAAGCUGUUUCCCUGGUCUCCCAAUGACAUCAACACCCGCUUCCUUCUGUACACCAAUGAAAAUCCCAACAACUUCCAACUAAUCACCGCCACAGACCCAGACACCAUCAAGGCUUCAAACUUCCAACCCGACCGCAAGACACGUUUCGUCAUCCACGGCUUCAUAGACAAAGGAGAAGACAGCUGGUUGUCGGACAUGUGCAAGAAAAUGUUUCAGGUGGAGCAUGUGAACUGUAUCUGUGUGGACUGGCGAGGAGGGUCCCGCACGGCCUACACUCAAGCGGUGCAAAACACCCGGGUGGUGGGAGCAGAGAUAGCCUUCCUCAUACAAGUGCUGUCGACUGAGCUGGGGCAAGACCCUGAAAACGUGCACUUCAUCGGCCAUAGCCUGGGCUCCCACGCAGCUGCAGAGGCCGGCAGGAGGCUUGAGGGGCGUGUGGGCAGAAUCACAGGGCUGGAUCCAGCAGAGCCCUGCUUCCAGGGUACGUCCGAGGAGGUUCGACUGGACCCAUCUGAUGCCGUGUUUGUGGAUGUGAUUCACACAGAUGCUGCUCCCAUAAUCCCUUUCUUAGGUUUCGGAAUGAGCCAAAAGGUGGGCCAUUUGGAUUUCUUUCCAAAUGGAGGGAAGCAUAUGCCAGGAUGUCAGAAAAAUAUCCUGUCUACCAUCGUGGAUAUCAAUGGACUGUGGGAAGGAACCCGUGCCUUCGCAGCUUGCAACCACCUACGAAGCUACAAGUAUUACGCAGACAGUAUCCUCAACCCCGAUGGUUUCCUGGGUUACCCGUGCACCUCCUAUGAUGAGUUUCAGAAGAGUGGAUGUUUCCCUUGCCCUGAGGAAGGAUGCCCCAAAAUGGGACACUAUGCCGACCAAUUUAAAGGGAAAACCAGUGCCGUGGGGCAGACAUUUUUCCUGAACACAAGAGAGAAUGGAAACUUUACCAGUUGGCGAUACAGGGUGUCGGUCACUCUCGCUGGGAAAAAAAAAGUGAGUGGAUACAUCAGGAUUGCUUUGUUUGGAAGCAAUGGAAACUCAAAGCAAUAUGAAAUUUUCAAAGGAACCCUGGAACCAAAUACCAGUCAUAUGCUGGACAUUGACGUGGAUCUCAAUGUUGGAAAAAUUGAGAAGGUUAAGUUCCUCUGGAACAACCAUGUGAUAAAUCUCCUGAAGCCCAAACUGGGGGCUUCCCAAAUUACUGUGCAAAGUGGUGAAGACAGGACUGAGUACACGUUUUGCAGCGAAGACACGGUGCGAGAAGAUGUUUUACAGUCUCUCUACCCUUGUUAA